CGACCUCAUAGCUUGGUAAUCGUCCACGACUGACGUCGCCUUUGUUAGCUACACCUCAGUAGGCAAUCUUGAGCUGCAAAGUCACCCUCUGUCGUGGCAAGGAGUUUGCUGCAUCAUGUCGAAGAUCGCACCAGCUCCGGCGCCCGUAUCAAGCAGCAGCUCGUUGGGCAACAGAUCCACACCUAUAGCGCCUGCUCCAUCGCACAGCACCAGAGCGGUUCAGCCCGCCGUGCGCAGCCGCAUCGCCAUCGCACCUUCUCCUGCACCCUCGUCGAUUUCAGCGCAAAGCAGAAUUGCUGCGUCAAAGAGCCUGGGCCGCCCACUGCAGGCAGCUCGACCAACCUCUCAACGUGUGGCACCUGCCCCGUCCCCUCACGCGACGCCAUCUCAGCCUAUCAAGAUCGCCGUCAGACCAAGCUCUGCCAACAUCGCCCGUCCCGUCGGGUCGGCCACAAGCAAUAGGCCCACGUCGAACGAAGAUGGCAGCGCUUCAUCGUCUCUCGGCUCUUCCUCCUCCAGUCGCGACACUCCAGUGACCCCAAAGGAUGCUGGGGAUCACAUCGCCAGGCGGUCGUCCGCUGCUGUCGAGGAUGACGAAGAGGAGGAGGAUCUGGAUGAAGACGACGAUUUCGAUGCGGAAUCGACCAUCACCGAUGCGGUGAUCAAGCGUACGCUUCAACCAAGCAAAGCGUGGGUGCUUCCAGCUCGCGCCAAGCCUGGUCGCAAGCCUAGCGAUGACGAGCCACCUACAAAGCGAAAAGCGCAGAACAGGGCGUCGCAGAGAGCGUUUCGCGAACGCAAGCAGAACUACAUUACAUCGUUGGAAGCAAAGGUGGCAGCAUACGAGGCUGAGGGAGUUGAGCAUGCCGUCGAGCUGCAGCGCGUGGCAAAGCGAAUGAAGGAGGACAAUGAUGCUUUGAGACGUCACAAUACGGAGCUCAGAGGUCGAGUCGACGUGUUGGAGCGUCAGAUCAAGGCGUUGCUGGAUCAAAAGGGCAAAUCGUCGUCGACGACGUCGUCGACGAUCGGUUGCAAAGCCCCAGAACACGAGUCUGGCGCAUCAUCAGUCAGGCUCAAGCGGCCCCUCCCUAUUCGCAGCACCGCAGGCAACAGUGCGGCGGACCGCAACGCCGGCAGAGCUGUUUCUGUCUUGGGCAGCGAUGCUUUGUUCACCAAUCGGCCCAGAAGCGACUCACGCUCAAGCAUCGUCAGUCCUCAAGGCCGACCCUCACCUUCGGCGUCUGGCUCAACUCUGACAGCGUCCACUUCCCGUGGACCAAGUGAUAGCGUCGCCAAUGCAUCAUCUAAGGACGUCAGAGUCACGCCAGCCUCUGCUACCCCUUUGCCACCUCCGUCGGAAUCUGUCGCAGCUAGUGUAGGCCUGAAUCGUGAUUGCGGCUUCUGCGCCGAUAACGGGCCAUGCCCGUGCAAAGACGAUGUCCUGGACUUGACAGGCGAUGACGAGGAAGAUUUUGCGCCUGCCAAGCAGGAAGCACACGGCGAUGAAGAGCCAAGCAUGGACGUCGAUGUCCCGAACUGUUCCACGGGCCCAUCUGUAACCAUCAAGCAGGAGCCGCUCGAGGAGAACGAGUCGCGUAUGCCAGAGACUGCAACCUCCGCGCGGCGGCCUCAAGCCAUCAGUGUGAGCUCUAUGCUCUCAUCCACCUCGAUGGGAGCUCACCGCAGCGCAAAGCUUUGGCCGACAACUCCAGCCUACAGCUCUGGGCAAUCUCCAGCGGCUGCCGCGGCGCCUCUCGCGCUCCGAGCAGCACCCCCGAAGCCACGUCUGUGGACAACCACCAGUCCUGCCGCGCAUCCCCCCACCGGCACCUCCUUCUUCCCAGCGCCACCUUUAGUCACCCGCACUCCGACUACCGCUACAGCGUCGCCGGUGUUCCGCCUGCGGACUGCGAGUGCAAGUCAGGCAUUCAGCAAUGUUUGUUCGGGCGAUCCGGCCAACUGCGGGGCUUGCUCCACAGACCCAGCCUUGGCAGCUUUCUGCGAAGCCGUAUCUCAGAACGCAAUGACACCCAGCGGAGCUGAGCUAGGCACGGUCGUUUUGGAUGCCGGCAAUUCCGUGCCCUUGCGCAACAUGCGUAGCACGCAUGUCGCCACGAAGGCCCUACCUAUCGGUUCCAAGCAUCAGCGCCCUGUCCUCUGGCACACCGUGAGCGGAUCACUUGUGCCCAAGCAUUCGGAAGGACGCAACACCACGGCUCUCAAUCACGGCAAUCACGCACUCCCUGGAGGUCCUAGGUCCGCACCACUGCCGUCGCACCGCCCUCACUCCCACAACGCCGCGCUUGGACAGCAAAGCAUUCCGGAAGCAUGGAACCAAAUUCGAUCGCAUCCGCGCUUUCAAUCGUGGGGAGGAGGCCUAGCGUUGCUAGCCGAUGUCGUCUCGGGGAGAGCUAGCGGAGCGCGUGCCAAUGAGUCCUCUCAGCAGCCGACGUCUGGCUUGUCGACCAAUACGCGCCCAGAUAAUACCAGGCGAGCCUCGCGAUACCAUCCUUCCAAUGAUCGAGGAGUGCGCCGCCCGAGCGUGGAGAUCGAACAGGCCGACCGAUCGAGUAGCAGCAUCAGAUCUUUGGUGCGUGGUCCAGAGUCUAGCACGCGUGGAGAAGAAUCGAGCAGUCGGCCGCGUCUUUCUCCCCAGUCGCCAACCUCGCCAACGUCUCCGUCGAAGGCCAUCGCGAGCACGGACGAUCGUCGAUCAGCUCUGUCGACGCCUCUGCGCCUUGCGGCCUCGAACACGACCACGCCGCCAGAGCGAUCAGAAGGGAACGCAAUGGAAAAAGCGCGAGAGAGGAGCGUCGAGGAGGAUAAUGAGGAGCGUGUAAAGAGACGUCGAUUGUGGGUCGAUAGCGAUCGGGUGGAGCAGGCUUUGGCCAUGCUUGAUCGUGCAGGUGGACAAAGUACUCCCGCAGCCACUUCGAGCGAGACGGCUGCGGAGGCGGGCUCUGCGGCUUGCCCCUGCCCUUGGUCCCGAUGAUCUACAAGACAUAAAGCAUCCGCAGGGCAGGCCUUUGUCUGUAGCGCUGGCACAGCGCCCAAUUGUACACUUCGUCAGCUCUUACCCCUUCCUGAUAAGAGCUGAAUAUUUAUCACUUGUCACUAGAGAGCUCGCAAGGACGUUGGCUGUAGCAGAUGCGAAUCGCGUGAUUCCAUU